ACGGGUCUGCAUCCGGGUCGCCGCCGUGCCCAUUGUCUGGGGAAGGGGCCCGGGGCUCGGCGGCUUCGCGGCGCUGCACCCGAGGGCCCCAGCUUGCCUGCCUGCCUGCCCGCCCGCCGCUCUCCUGCUCAGGCUUUAUGGACCGCAGUUCGAAGAGGAGACAAGUGAAGCCUUUGGCAGCUUCGCUGCUGGAAGCUUUAGAUUAUGAUAGCUCUGAUGACAGUGAUUUUAAAGUUGGAGAUGCUUCAGAUUCUGAAGGAAGUGGUCAUGGGAGUGAAGAUGCAUCAAAGGACAGUGGUGAAGGUUCCUGUACUGAAUCAGAAGAAAAUAUCUUGGAGGAAGAACCAGCCGAAGUGAAAGUAGAAGAACAGCAGCCAAAAAGCUCCACUGAAGAAGAGGUGCCAACAGCAGACAAAGAGGUAAUUAAAACUGAAAAGAAAGAGCAAGAAGAUGAAGAAGAAAAGCCAAAAAAGAAGAAAGAGAAGGAGAAAGCAGCUGAACCCGAGGCUGUGGCUGACGAGCAAACAAAUGAACCAAAAAAAUGGAAUUUGCGCAGGAAUCGACCUUUGCUGGAUUUUGUAUCGAUGGAAGAGCUGAACGACAUGGAUGACUAUGAUAGUGAAGAUGACAAUGACUGGAGGCCUACUGCUGAGAAAAGAAAAGGAAAAAAUGCACUGCGAAAAGAGGGAAGCGAUGGAGAUAACGAGGAUGAUGAAGAUGAUGGGAGUGGAAGUGAUGAGGAUGACAACGAUGAGGAAGGUAAUGAAGAAGAUAAUAGCAGCACGGCUAGUGAUGGAGGAUCCAAGAAGAAGAAGAGUAAAGUUCUUAACAGGAAUAAUGCAGAUGAUGAGGAAUUGACAAAUGAUAGCCUGGCUCUUUCACAAAGCAAGAGUAAUGAGGAUUCACUGAUCCUUGAGAAGUCUCAAAAUUGGAGUUCCCAGAAAAUGGACCACAUUUUGAUUUGUUGCGUUUGUCUUGGAGAUAACAGUGAAGAUGCUGAUGAAAUAAUCCAAUGUGACAACUGUGGAAUAACAGUGCAUGAAGGUUGCUAUGGUGUUGAUGGAGAGAGUGACUCUAUCAUGAGCUCAGCUUCAGAAAAUUCUACAGAACCUUGGUUUUGUGAUGCAUGCAAGUGUGGUGUCACACCUAGUUGUGAAUUGUGUCCUAAUCAGGAUGGGAUCUUCAAGGAAACUGAUGCAGGCAGGUGGGUCCAUAUUGUUUGUGCCCUCUAUGUUCCAGGAGUGGCAUUUGGUGAUAUUGACAAACUGCGGCCAGUAACACUUACAGAAAUGAAUUACUCAAAGUAUGGUGCCAAGGAAUGCAGUUUUUGUGAAGAUCCGCGUUUUGCCAGGACUGGUGUGUGCAUUAGUUGUGAUGCUGGGAUGUGCAGAGCUUAUUUCCACGUGACCUGCGCUCAGAAGGAAGGCCUCCUCUCAGAAGCAGCAGCAGAGGAGGAUAUAGCUGACCCUUUUUUUGCUUAUUGUAAACAGCAUGCGGACAGGUUAGACAGAAAAUGGAAGCGGAAGAACUACUUGGCAUUACAAUCUUACUGUAAAAUGUCCUUGCAGGAAAGAGAAAAACAGCUCUCACCAGAAGCUCAGGCUCGAAUCAAUGCCAGGCUACAGCAGUAUCGUGCCAAGGCAGAGCUGGCCCGUACCACCAGGCCCCAGGCCUGGGUUCCCAGGGAGAAGCUGCCACGACCUCUCACCAGCAGCGCUUCAGCCAUACGGAAGCUCAUGCGCAAAGCUGAGUUAAUGGGAAUUAGUACAGACAUUUUUCCAGUGGAUACUUCAGAUACUAGUUCCAGUGUUGAUGGCAGAAGAAAACAUAAACAACCAGCUCUCACUGCUGAUUUUGUGAAUUACUACCUUGAGAGAAAUAUGCGCAUGAUUCAAAUCCAGGAGAAUAUGGCUGAACAGAAGAAUAUCAAGGAUAAAUUAGAAAAUGAGCAAGAAAAGCUUCAUGUGGAGUAUAAUAAGCUAUGUGAGUCCUUGGAAGAGCUACAAAAUAUGAAUGGAAAACUGCGUAAUGAAGGGCAAGGCAUUUGGGCUCUGCUGGGUAGAAUCAUUGGACAGAAAUUGAACAUACCAGCAAUUCUACGUGCUCCUAAGGAAAGGAAACCAAGUAAAAAGGAAGGAGGAACACAAAAGACAUCUACUCUUCCAGCUGUCCUUUAUAGUUGUGGAAUUUGCAAGAAGAAUCAUGAUCAACACCUCCUGCUACUUUGUGAUACUUGUAAACUCCACUAUCAUCUUGGCUGCCUGGAUCCACCUCUCACAAGGAUGCCAAGGAAGACCAAGAACAGUUACUGGCAAUGCUCAGAGUGUGACCAGGCAGGUAGCAGUGACAUGGAGGCCGAUAUCGCCAUGGAAACCUUGCCAGAUGGGACCAAACGAUCAAGGAGGCAGAUUAAGGAACCAGUGAAAUUUGUUCCUCAGGAUAUGCCACCAGAACCGAAGAAAAUUCCAAUCAGAAACACGAGAACUAGAGGACGAAAACGAAGCUUUGUGCCUGAAGAAGAAAAACCUGAGGAACGGAUUCCCAGAGAAAGAAGGCAGCGACAGUCUGUUCUACAAAAGAAGCCCAAGUCAGAGGAUCUAAGGACUGAAUGUGCUACCUGCAAAGGGACUGGAGACAAUGAAAAUCUUGUCAGAUACCCUUCAUGAGACACAACUCUGCCACAACUCAUCCUCGGAGGCAAUCCUGGAAACCUCUUUUAUAAUAUGAUUUUUAAAUGUGGAUAAAGCUCUGAAUAGAGUACCUAAAGUAAAGGAGGACAGCUACCUUGUCUCUACUAUAAGCUUAUUAUGACAAAAAGUUGAGUUUGCUUGUCAGGCUCGGUUAGAAUGUAAUUGAUUGGUUUGUUAUUUGGACUGACAAGGUAGUUAAUUUGCCUGCUUUUUUUUAUUUUCUUUUUUCUUUUUUUCUUCUCACUAAUCAGGAACAUUUCUUCUGUGCAUUGUUGAAAAAUCCCGGAUAAAUGUCUUGUCAGAAUUGUCCUAUUAAGUAAUGUCUUUUUCCCCUGUGCUUCCUUGGCAAAUGAUGUUAUACAAUGCUUGGAUUCACUGAAGAGUGACAGAAGCCUGUGGGACUUAAAUACUGUGCAUUCCUCUAUGAUGAUACCGAAUGAAAUAAGCAACAGUUUGCCAUCCACCUGCUGCUCUACUUAUACUCUACUUAUAUUCAGUUCAAUAAGAACACUUCUAUAUAGAACACCAUGUUGUACAUAGACCUUAAUGUAAAAAGGAUUGUUUCCUACCAAAAAACCCCAAAACUGUUCAGUGAUAAUGAGACCUGUAAAACACUUGAGACUAACUAUUCUGAAGGAAUAGAUUUGCCACGGAGAAAUGGAUUUUAUGCUUAUUAGUAUGAACUCAUUGUUUCUGACUUCAGACACUUGAGUGAACAGAACUAUACCUAUAUUGUUUCCUGAAAAAGUUUUAAGAAAAAGAAAAAAAAUGAGUAUAUGCAGACAUUUGUUUUGUUUGGCUUACUUCUCCUGGCAGUGUCCAGAACAAGUAUAUCUUGUCAUAAUACAAAUAUGAAAAUGUUACGUAACUUGGGGAUGGAAUGAAGAAUGGAUCACACAGCGUGACAGCUGAGGUCUUCAUCUUCGUCCAUAUAUAUCCUGGUAGAUGCAGACAUACAGUAUUUUGAUCUACCAAUGGUACUGGUCCAGAUCUUAAAUCUACAGUAGCAGUGUGUUGACACCUUCAUUGUUUACACCUUGAACUCGCUUGGAGAAAUUCUGCUCAAAUGCAAUCACACUUGUAACUUCAUGACAUAUAAUCUUGGAAUUUCUUGAGAUAUGGUGGUUUUUGUCAUCUAUCAAGGGACAUUUUAAUUUGAAACUAUUUUUUAAACCUAAAAGGAAAUUAAAUGCUGUAAUAAGUAAUAGGAGAAAUAUACAAAUUUGUGUAUACUUAUCUACAAGUCAUAUCUUACCAGGGCAUUUCAUGUUUCAAUAUUAUAUUAAAUAAAAUUAACCUGAUGUCUUAA